AUGCACCCAUCAGAUCAAAAUGAUUCGAACGACCGUCAUGUUCAACAGCUUCAUGUCCAUUCUGCCAUCCCAGACGACAACCUUCAGCAUGAAAUUCAGGGAAAACUUGAACAGCCAGAGGAUGAAUGGCAUCACGACCCAGUCAACCCCAGAAAUUGGUCUCCUGCAAAGAAAUGGACAACUACUGCAAUCGUUGGGCUAUACACUUUUGUCACUCCGUUAGCAAGUUCUAUCAUGGCACCUGGUCUGCCAGAUCUGGCUACAAAAUUCAAUAUAACCAAUCCAACAGUCACAGCGUUGACUCUAAGUAUCUUCCUCCUGUCGUUUGCUAUCGGUCCUUUAUUUGCUGCGCCCUUGUCCGAAGUAUACGGCCGUUUGUGGGUGCUUCACUUGGCGAAUCUCUUCUUCCUCGUGUUCAAUCUCGGCUGCGCAUUAUCACGUAACACUACAUCUUUCAUCGUCUUUCGGUUUCUAGCUGGUUUCGUGGGGGGUACGCCCGUAGCAUGCGGCGGAGGCGUCGUUAGUGACCUCUUCUCCGAAAACGAUCGUGCUUCCGCUAUGGCACUGUACUUUUUAGGACCCUUGAUAGGUCCUGUGGUCGGGCCCGUCAUGGGAGGCUUUAUCGCAGAGUCAGUCGGAAUACAGAAUGUUUUCUAUGUCGUCGUCGCGAUCUGCGGUGUUGCUGCCGUACUCGGCAUUCUUCUCAUGAGAGAAUCUUAUGCGCCGGUUAUUCAGCUUCGCCGUGCAAAAAUAUUUCCAGAUCUCGAAAAGGCAGUUACAACACAUCCUGCUUUCGUCACAAACAAAUGGGCUUAUUUGUGGAUUAAUCUCAAACGACCCAUCAUAAUUAUGACUAGGAGUUUUAUAUGUUUCAUCCUGAGCUUAUACAUGGCUCUGAUAUACGGUAUCUACUACUUGAUGUUUACCACUUUCCCCGACCUCUUUACGACUGUGUACCACUUCAAUACUGGAACCGGAGGUCUACCGUAUAUCGGCAUUGGCGUUGGGUUCUUAUCUGGCGUCAUAUUUGGCUCGAGAAUAUGCAACAAGACAUAUUUAUACUUUGCUGCGCAAAAUGGAGGAAAGGGUAAGCCAGAGAUGCGCGUGCCUGUUCUGAUACUCGGCUCGUUUAUCGUCCCAGUGGGACUAUUUUGGUAUGGGUGGUCUGCCCAAGCUAAGGUCCAAUUCAUGAUGCCCAUCGUCGGCACCGCUAUCUUUGGAUUCGGCAUAAUGAUAGCUUCUCUCGCCAUUCAACUAUACCUGGUUGAUACAUUUACAUAUGCUGCAAGCGCCGUCGCAGCUGCUUCUAUGCUCCGCUCACUCCUCGGGUUCGCAUUUCCUCUCUUUGGACAGCAGAUGUUCGCUAGGCUUGGUUAUGGAGGGGGCAAUUCACUUCUUGCAGGUCUUGCCAUCGUCAUCGGUAUACCCUUCCCCGUUUGGAUAUAUUAUGCUGGUGAAAGUAUGCGUGCGAGGAGUUCUCUAACUCGUUGA